AUGUUGCUUGAACAGAAAAAAGAGGUACAGACUGAUGUCUUCUUUGCAUGCUUAGCGUAUGUUUACCCGAUCGCAGUUUUUAUUUAUUUAUUUAUUAGGUUUUGUCGUCCAAAUUGGAGGUCAAAAAAGCAGAUGUACAGUUAGUAGUUUGCUGGUGCCAAAUGUUAUCCGUUCCUGAUGAAAUUUGGCAUGCUCAAUAGUCUAUCAUGUUUUGCGUGUUCCUUGUGGUUUCAGUGCAAAUAUUCUUUUGCUUUUUAAAAGAAAUUAUGAGCAAAUUUUAAAAUUUCAUCUGGUCACGUGACCAGUCACGUUUUGCCGUUUACUCCACGACAGUGCGAGAUUGAAACUCAAAAUUUCUAUAUUUUUAUUUAAAACAUCAUAUUGGUUUUCCCGAUUAUUAUCCCAUUCGUACUUUAAUUCUGGUAGCUGUAGUUAUAUGACGUCAUCAUGAAAAUGUGCAAACGAACUGAAGCUAUCACUUUGGAGAAUACUGAGGAGAGAACGAUAAAAUAUUCAUUAUAGGAAAUAGGAAUAAGAAGCCGAUUUUGAAUGACAUAAUAUAUAUAUACAGUAUUUGCACUUUGUAAAAGCUCAAUUCACAUUAUUUUGAGAAAGUUGCAAACUUUUUGCAACUUUGGUAUGUAUAAUCGUGAGAAUCUAAAACAGAAAAAUUAGAAAGCACAAUCAAUUUAAAUUGUCGUUUGCAAAUAGAUUAAUUUUUAACUAUAACCUAUUCAUAUGAUGUAAACUUUACUAAUGUAUUCUUAAUAUUUACUUGUAACAUAAGAUAUGUAUUUUUAUCUUUUGAUCUAAUAAAAAGACUUUUGAAUUGAAUUUGAAUUGAAUCAACUGUGAUCGUUGACAUCAUUUUAUUUACAUAUCAAACAAACUGAAAUAUUUUGAAAAAAAGACAGAUUUUGAAAAAGUAAAUAGUAACUCAUAUAAUUACAGAUUUAAGAGUUCUUCCUAACGUGAUCAACCCAAAAUCCAUUGCCGAUGUCCUGUUCAGUGUGUGAGCCAAAAAUUGAACACAAAAUGUGCAGGAAAUGUAAUAUGUAUAGAUAACCAGCUUUUCUUUUUAUGUAGAAAAUUAACUGGACUCCUUCAAAGCUAAUAGACAGACUUGGCAAGGAAAUAAAUAACCCUGAAUCUGUAUAUUAUUGGUGCCAUAAAGUAAGUUACACUGCGUGGAUAACAAACGGAAAUACCUGUAGAUCUAGUUCUCGGGUUAGUAUAAAGCGAAUAUUUAACAAUUACUGAAUCCGGUUGUCGCAUGACAUAAAAAGCGAAGUUUGUGUUAUCAACUUCACCCGGAAUUAUUAUUUACUUAAAAAGAUAAAAAGACAUCCGCACACGGCGGUUCAAUUCGUCAGUUCUAGCUUGUUCCCAUUGCAGAAAAUCUUUCCUUUUUUCUUACAUAAGGUGUUUCAAAACCUGCUUUCUUUUAUUUCUUCUUUACUAGAUAUUUCAAAAUUUGCUUCCCCUAAACCGAAGGAGGCGCCAUAUUAUUUUGGUCGUGUUUCCACCUUUCUUAUUCGUAGCAUGACGUCAUAACGUUGAUAUGUUUUACAUAUCAACGUUAUGACGUCAUAACGUUGAUAUGAUUUUCUCAUAGAGAUUGUAAAAGAAUAGAGUGGGAUUUGCGGGAAAAAUCGAGGGACAAAUUGAAGCUUCCCGAUGGGGGCAAAUUACGCUAUCUGAUUGGCUAAAGUCUCGUUCACGGAUGCAGAGUUAGAUGGUUAAAGCAAGGACUAACAACUCAGAAUCAACAAGAAUACAUGGACGUUAGUGCUGGAAUGUUAGAAAUGUUUAAAUGUGGGGUUUUUUCGGUGUUAAAGAGCGGAGUUUAUGCUUCGUUGACCUUCGGCACGUAAAUUUUUUCUCAUUUUCCAUCAUUCAAAACGGAAAUCAUCCUCAUUUUUUUCCACAAGUGAAAGUAAAACAGGAUUCAAUAUUUCAAAGCAUUUGAAUUUAAGCCACACGAUAAAAAAAAAACGUUUCUUGGUUUUUGCACAUGAAUUUUGCCCCCAUUAGCAAGCUUCAAAAUGUCCCUUUCGUUUGACUAAAUUUAUCUCGCUAUUCUUUUUUAUAAUCUCUAUGGUUGAUAUGACGAUCUCACUGUUGGCUGUUACUUAACCAGAAACCAUGAACUCUUUUAGAUGAAUAGUAAUAUCUGUCUGUAAAUUAAACAAAUGUUCAAAAAGACUAAAAUAUAAACAUGCAAAGAAGUUUUUAGGAGCAUGCAACUCUGUCAAUACAAUGGUCCUUUGCUAUGUCAGAUUUUACCGAAAAUUAAUACUGUACAACCGGUAGAAAAGGUUGCGAAUUCGUUGAAGUUACCGUUUACGCGGCGAAUUAAAUUAUUUCGGAUUCCAAUGUUUCCUGAUACUGGACUGGACUGGACUGGACGAAACCGAGAUUAUUUUCUAACCGAUUUGUCACUGUGUGCACGGUUUACGUCUACUAACCGUGCUGUGUGUAAUCGACAACUGGCACCAUGGAUAAUUAAAAGCAACAAUGGGAAAGCUGGUGCCAGCCGACCAACCUAUUUAAAAUUCGUCACGAAUAAUACGCCACCUUGGCUAUAUAGAUCAUCAUUUUCUGGAAGGUUAUAUUGCAAAUAUUAUAUAGUUUUUCUGCGUUUUUCUUCGAUUUCCCUAAAUAUAUUUUCCACAUCCAUUCAAGUAUAGUUAUAUCAAAAUUCAAAAUAUCCUUUAAACCUGCCAGUGUCACGACAAAGUAAAUGUUGGUCGUCUCAGUUUUAGAUUUUUUACUUUUGUAGUCAGGAAAUUGGCGUCGCAAAAACUACCGUUGAUUUAAUUAAAAUUUUUGACGCGUGUUUCACCGUCUAAUGCUUGAAAUAUUUCCUAAAAAUGACUAACGAUAUUCAGAUAUCCCAUCGUAGAGUGGCAUGCUUAUAAGUUGUGUUUACACAUGUCACCACGCUUGCCUUUCAAGCUGGGAGACCCGGGUUCAAUCCUUGGUCGGACCUCUACACAAGGUCUUAAAAUAACUGAGGAGAAAGUGCUACCUUUACAUCGACAUGAGUAAUAUAAAUGGUUAGAAUUUGGUGUUUUCCCGGAUAACGACGUUAAAUCGUAGCUAUCUCUUAUCCCCUAUCAUUUGGGCAAUAGCCUGUUGGAAAUCCGCUCACCAAUGGGUGAGAAAACUGAACAAGUGCAUUUUUUGCUUAACUGUUCAGCUGUAUUAUUGCUAAACGUGCAAUUGUUUUGGACUUGGUGGCGUCUCCCCCAAUUUGAUAAUUAUGUCAUCAUUUUGCGCACUGAAAUCGUUUUCGUGGUCGUGAGUUUCUUAUACAGUGAUUUUAUUAUCCAUGCUGGUACUAAAACGUUUUGGGCUGAUGAAAUCUGGUGAAUCUGGAAUCUUUCACUCUAGUGUAAACGGGACCUGAAACAUUUAAAUUUAUCCACCGAAUUUACCAUGAUAGAUUUGGAUGGUUAUCAAUCUCUUUUUAGAACCAAAUUCCUGUAUUCUGUCCUGCUAUUACUGAUGGUUCUAUUGGGGACAUAUUAUAUUUGCAUUCGUACAAGAACCCUGGGCUUAUCUUGGAUUUGGUUGAAG